UCUCUAUCCUUGAAGAUGCUGCAGAAGAGCUUUAUCUACAAGCUACCAUUCCAUGGAGGAAUAGAAAGUGGACAUGAUAAUACAUCUUGGUUCUACUCCAAAAGGAUUAUGAAGUGGACAGUGUUUUCCCCCCAGAUGUGAACACUUUUGCUAUCAUGUUCUUCAUAAGAAAUGUUCUGCCAAAGCCAACUCUAAAGUUAGUAGGCUAAACUGAAAACAUAUUUGAUUAUAUUCUGGACAUGAAACUGAAGUUUAUGAGCCGACUGUAUGUGAAUCACCGGGCAUCAGUGACAACAAGUUGAGACGGUUAAAAGAAAAACAAUAGUCAUUCUCCGCGCGUCAGGCAGCUUGGAGCAGUUUAUACAGCCGUGUGGCCAACAGUCCGGGUGCGCGUUUAGGAAAUGGAGCGAAAUAAUGAAAGCUUGUUUCUUUGGAAAUGUAUUAUUUUUCGUGUCGGCAUCCGAUUAUAAAUGUAAUGGGAAUACAAACAGACAUAACAAGUCAAACAUGAGUGUUGAGAAACAUGGCUUAUGUUAUAUUUUCCUAUGCGUAAUGGACAAAUAACAUUAGCUAUAGAGAAGCACCCUCGUUUACAGGGCCAUAGACAGCUGUAGUGAUGAUUUCAGCUGGGGGAGUGAUCACAGGCCAUCUUGCUGCGCUGAAGAGGCAGGACUCUGCCCGCUCCCAGCACCACCUGCCCAUCCAGUCCCCAGCCCCAGGAGAGAUCCAGGAGAAGAGGAAGGCCAAGCGUAAAACCCGGGCCGAUGUGGUGGUGGUCAGGGGGAAAAUCCGCCUCUACUCUGCCUCUGGGUUCUUCCUCAUCCUGGGUGUGUUGAUCCUGAUGGUGGGCGUUGCUAUGGCCGUGCUGGGCUACUGGCCACACACAGAGCCCCUUGUAGCGGCCAACACCAAGCUAUCCACCAACGACACCAGGGUGACCCGAGAGCAGGGCGGUAAGCUGAUCCAGUUUUUUGAGCAGCACCUGCACUCUGAGAAGAUGAAGAUGCUGGGGCCGUUCACCAUGGGUAUUGGUAUCUUCAUCUUCAUCUGUGCCAACGCAAUCCUGCACGAAAACAGGGACCGGGAGACCAAGGUGAUCCACAUGAGAGACAUGUACUCCACCGUCAUCGACAUCCACAGCCUGCGGAUCAAAGAGCACAAGUACGUGAAUGGGGCCUACUCAGGCCCCUAUGGGGAGCAUGAGGUCAGAACCUAUGAGAACCAGUGUGCCUCCAAGCUAGCUGCUAACACCCUGCUAGGGUUCCCCGGUGUGGGGAACGACGUGAGGGUGUCACGCAGGACCGGCUCUAUGGAGGACGAGGAGGGUCUUCUCAACGAGGCCAAGGGGGGGCAUGGCCUUGUGCCUUCAUUCUGCAGAGAGCGCUCUGGCUCCAUCUUUGGCUUGCAGCAUGAAGGCAGUCGCCAUGAGAAGAGCAACUUCCCCAAGAGAUGCCAGACCAGGUCCAUCGUCUCAUCCUCCAUCAGCGCUUUUACCCUGCCUGUCAUUAAGCUCAACAACUGUGUGAUCGACGAGCCUGACAUGGACAACAUUACAGAGGACCUGGAGCACAUGAGGGUUAGGUCCAGACCCCCCUCUAUGCAGUCCCUUUCCCUGGCUGUGCCUGUCCCGGCAGACAUCGCCCAAGCCUACAAACCUCCUGGUGUCAUGCUCCUCAGGAGCAAUUCGGCCACAGAGUCCCACACCGUGUCCUCUCGUAGCUCUCUGUCCCCAGGUUCUGCCAGUGGGAGCUACCUGUCCCCCAGGGCGGCCCGGAAGGACUUUGGCUCCAACAACUCCCUCCACAUGCUGUCUUCUCACUCCAAGUCUCUGGACCUGGAUCGAAGGCCCACCACCCUGACAGUGAAGCCAGAGCAGAGGAAACAUCCCAGCUGGCCCCGACUGGACCGCAGCAACAGUAAAGGCUACAUGAAGCUGGAGAACAAGGAGGAUCCUAUGGACAGACUGCAGCUGCCCCAGGUAGCAGUCAAAAGGGAUUACACCAAGAAAGAGAAACUGCUCAUGAUCUCCAGGUCUCACAAUAACCUCAGCUUUGAACAUGAUGAGCAGUUCAUGAGCAACACUAUGAAACGAGGGAGCUCGGAGACCAGGUUUUAAACUCUUACAAAGCCUGGUCCCAGAUGUUUGUACUGUCUUGCAAAAAUGACCAUAAAGAUGUAGGAUCUUAAUUUGAGCCAGUUAGCUACGGCAGGAAAUAUUCUUGCAGUACCAGGAAAUGUGCAUUAUAAUUAAUGGACAUUUUUUGUAGGGGUUGAUACAUUUUUCAGUAGGGCAAAUCAAGUCUGACAUUUUAAAGUGGACAUUGCUAACUUUA